UCAGGCCGGCUGCGGGAAGGCUAGUCCCGGUGGCGCUGCCUGGGGCUGGCUCGUCCCGCGGCGCUGGGAAGCAUCCCGGAGCGUCCGGGCUCCCUCAGCGCCCGGCACCGCGCGGCGCCCCGCUCCUUCCCCUGGGGCUGGCGGGCUCUGCCUGGAGCCGCCGCGCCGCCCGCUCUGCGCUGCCGCCGGGCCCCGCUGCCGCCCGCCCGCCCCGGCAGCCGCGGCGGGGCGUAAACGGGCGUCCCGCUGCGCUGCUCCCCUCAGCUCUAUGGAGCCGCGAGCGGGGGGACACGGCGGUUCUGCAGCGGGACCAAUGGCGCGAACGGGCUGGGGACGCUCCGGCCGCAUUCGCUGCCCGUUCCCCGGUGCGGGGCGGCCGCGGUUCCCGUCCCGCCGUCACACGCUGCAGCCAAGUGCGGGCUCUUCCGGUCACACAACAAUUCCAAGGUUGAAGGUUUUAUGGAGUUUAUCACGCUUGGACGUACGAGUGUUUCUCACCGUGCCUUAGUAGCUUCAUGAUCCAGCUGAGUUUCCAAAAAGCGCAUCUGCAAGUUUUAUACUUUAUUCUACUGGAAAGCCAUACUGCUCUGUUCCUCUGCGUUUUGAUUUGAUAUUAGAUAUGCAAGAUGUCUUCAGCAGAUUUUACUCAAAGUAGCUGAGAAGAGCUGGAAUUCAAGAUGAGAACGAACAAGGUGUACAAGCUCGUCAUACAUAAGAAGGGUUUUGGAGGCAGUGAUGAUGAACUGGUGGUGAAUCCUAAAGUAUUUCUGCAAAUCAAGCUGGGGGAUGUUGUGGAAAUUGCACAUCCCAAUGAUGAAUACAGUCCCCUGCUGUUACAAGUGAAGUCACUUAAGGAAGAUUUGCAGAAAGAAACUAUAAGCGUGGAUCAGACAGUUGCACAAGUGUUCCGACUGCGGCCGUACCAGGAUGUCCAUGUUAACGUUGUUGACCCAAAGGAAGUGACCUUAGACUUGGUGGAGCUGACCUUUAAAGAUCAGUAUAUUGGGCGUGGGGAUAUGUGGCGGCUGAAGAAAAGUUUGGUCAGCACGUGUGCAUAUGUCACCCAAAAAGUUGAAUUUGCGGGUAUCAGGGCGCAGGCAGGUGAACUGUGGGUCAAGAAUGAGAAAGUCACUUGUGGAUACAUCAGUGAGGACACCCGGGUGGUCUUCCGCUCCACUUCUGCCAUGGUUUAUAUUUUUAUCCAGAUGAGCUGUGAAAUGUGGGAUUUUGAUAUUUAUGGGGACCUAUACUUUGAGAAAGCCGUGAAUGGUUUCCUUGCUGACCUCUUCACCAAAUGGAAGGAGAAGAAUUGCAGCCAUGAAGUGACAGUGGUUCUAUUUUCUAGAACGUUUUAUGAAGCAAAAUCUAUAGAUGAGUUUCCUGAAACACAUCGUGCAUCAAUUCGACAGGAUCAUGAGGGCAGAUUUUAUGAAGAUUUUUACAAAGUUGUAGUUCAGAAUGAGAGACGAGAAGAGUGGACAUCAUUGCUUGUGACCAUUAAAAAGCUUUUCAUCCAGUAUCCUGUGUUGGUACGACUAGAGCAAGCAGAGGGAUUUCCUCCAGGUUACAAUUCUACCUCAGCACAGGGGAACUACCUGGAGGCCAUAAAUCUUUCAUUCAAUGUGUUUGACAAGCAUUACAUAAACCGGAACUUUGAUCGGACUGGCCAGAUGUCUGUGGUUAUCACACCUGGUGUGGGUGUAUUUGAAGUUGAUCGACACCUUAUGAUUCUAACCAAACAGCGGAUGAUAGACAAUGGGAUAGGUGUGGACUUGGUGUGCAUGGGAGAACAACCAUUGCAUGCUGUACCACUCUUUAAGCUCCAUAAUCGCUGUGGACCUGGCGAUUCCAGACUGUGUGAUGACUACAAUAUUCCACACUGGAUAAACCAUAGUUUCUACACGUCCAAAAGCCAGCUCCUGUGCAACAGCUUCACCCCACGGAUCAAGCUGGCAGGAAGGAAACCGCUGACUGAGAAAGCAAAAAAUAACCGAGAUGCCUCGUUAGGGGCUCCAAAAGAUGCUGAGAAUGCCUUGCCCAUCCAGGUGGAUUAUGAUGGCUACGAUGCUCAGGUGUUCAGACUGCCAGGCCCCUCCAGAGCCCAGCGCUGUACCACAUUCAGCAGGUCUGUGAGGGAGAGAGAAAGUCGCACCAGAAAGAGCUCCAGUUCCUACGACGUGUCGUGCAGCCCGUCCCUGCAGAGCCGCACGCUGCCCUCGGAGGAGGUGAGGAGCCAGGCUUCUGACGACAGCUCGCUGGGCAAGAUCUCCAACAUCCUGAUGAUCCCACGGCCUCAUCUGCACCAGUGUGAAGUCAGCAGCUCCUUGGGCUAUACCAGCACCAGAGAUGUGCUUGAGAGCAUGCUGGAGUCUCAGCAACGUGACUCCAGUGCCCCUGGGAGGUUCCAUGUUGGCAGCGCAGAAUCCAUGCUGCACAUUCGGCCGGGGGGAUACACACCCCAGCGGGCGCUGAUCAACCCGUUUGCCCCGUCCCGCAUGCCCAUGAAGCUGACAUCGAACAGGAGGCGUUGGAUGCACACGUUUCCUGUGGGUCCAUCAGGAGAAGCAAUCCAGAUCCAUCACCAAACCCGUCAGAACAUGGCAGAGAUGCAGGGCAGCGGGCAGCAGGAUCUGACCCAUUCCUCUGCUGAGCUGCUGGAGCUGGCGUACCACGAGGCCACGGGCAGACACGUCAGCUCUCGGCAUCCCGGUGACGGUGCUUCUUUCCUGAGCUUCAGCGGCACAGAAGAGUUCUCCAAUGGUCUGGCUGGGGGCAACGGUGCAGGGAUGAACCUCAAAACCCAGAACAAGGAUUCCUUGGAAGAUGCCGUCUCUAACUCUCCAGAUCCAAUUCUGACGCUGUCUGCUCCCCCCGUAGUGCCAGGCUUCUGUUGUACAGUCGGAGUGGACUGGAAAUCCCUUACUACUCCGGCAUGUCUCCCCCUCACCACGGACUACUUCCCCGACCGGCAGAGCCUGCAGAACGAUUACACGGAGGGUUGCUAUGAUCUCCUUCCAGAAGCUGACAUGGACAGGAGAGAUGAGGAAGGAGUGCAGAUGACAGCCCAACAGGUGUUUGAGGAGUUUAUUUGUCAGCGACUCAUGCAAGGCUAUCAAAUUAUUGUGCAAUCCAAACCACAGAAACCAGCCACAACAGUGCCACCCCCGCUCAGCAGCAGCCCCCUUUACAGCAGAGGACUGGUAUCAAGAAACCGACCUGAGGAAGAAGAUCAGUACUGGCUGAGUAUGGGCCGUACUUUCCACAAAGUAACAUUAAAAGACAAAAUCAUUACUGUGACCCGAUACCUGCCAAAGUAUCCAUAUGAAUCUGCUCAGAUAAACUACACAUACAGCUUGUGCCCCUCACACUCUGACUCUGAAUUUGUCUCUUGCUGGGUAGAAUUUUCCCAUGAGAGACUUGAAGAGUACAAGUGGAAUUACUUGGAUCAGUAUAUCUGCUCUGCUGGCUCUGAGGAUUUCAGGCAACUGUGCCGAACUCUGUCCUGUCUUACAUCUUCUAUCAGCCUUAUUGAAUCACUGAAAUUUUGGAGGACCCGCUUUCUGCUUCUGCCUGCCUGCAUCAGUGCCACGAAGCGCAUUAUGGAGGGAGAAGUGCACUGCGAUGUGUACGGUGACAAGCCCCGUUCUGACGAGGAGGAGUGGCAGCUCUUAGACGGAUUCAUUCGCUUCGUGGAGGGGUUGAACCGCAUUCGCCGACGCCAUCGAUCUGAUCGAAUGAUUCGAAAAGGGUCUGCCAUGAAAGGCUUGCAGAUCGCUGGUCCGAUUCCCACCCACUCUCUGGACCAGCAGCCUGGGCCCCCCAUUGGGAAGAAGGGAACCUCGGCCCUCUCGGCUCUGCUGCAGAUGGAAGCCAGUCAGAAGACGCUGGGGGAGCAACAAGCAGCAAUGCUUGCUGGGAAGAGCUCUGGGCCUUCGGAGAGUGGGAGCAUUGCUAUCACACCCACCUAUAUGGACAGCCCUCGGAAGGAUGGGGCCUUCUUUAUGGAUUUUGUUCGCAGCCCACGUACAACUUCAACCUUCUACUCCCAGGUCUCUGUAGACCAAUCAGUUCCUGCAACCUCAGAGGGCAACACAUUGAUAAACCAGGGGCAGUUACCCGAUCGGAGCAAUGCACAGACCUUGGGAAGUUCCCAGAGCGUCGUAGACCAAGGAUAUCCCACAGCUGGUGCUGCGGAGGCCAGCUCUCAGCAGUGUUCAGCAAGCACUCUGACAUCCUCCUCCACCUUGAUAGAGAUUCUCGAAGCCAUGAAACACCCCACCACAGGGAUCCAGCUGCUCUCUGAACAGAAGGGCCUCUCUCCGUACUGCUUCAUCAGCGCAGAGGUUGUGCACUGGCUGGUGAAUAACGUGGAGGGCGUGCAAACCCAAGCCAUGGCGAUCGACAUCAUGCAGAAAAUGCUAGAAGAGCAGCUUAUUGUCCACGCAUCUGGAGAAGCUUUACGAACCUUUAUUUAUGGCUUUUAUUUUUACAAGAUUGUUAUGGACAAAGAACCAGACCGAGUGGGCGUGCAGCAGCCUGCGAUGUGGCACACGGCGGCUGUGGAUGAUUUCUCCGCUUUCCAGAGGAAAUGGUUUGAGGUGGCGUUUGUGGCAGAAGAGCUCCUGCACUCGGAAAUCCCGGCGUUCUUCCUGCCCUGGCUGCCCAGCCGCCCAGCCUCCUAUGCAAGUAGGCACAGUUCCUUUAGCCGCAGUUUCGGAGGACGGAGCCAGGCAGCUGCGCUAUUAGCUGCCACAGUGCCUGAGCAACGGACGGUGACGCUUGAUGUGGAUGUGAACAACCGCACUGACCGCUUGGAGUGGUGCAGUUGUUAUUACCAUGGCAAUUUCUCCCUGAAUGCUGCCUUUGAAAUCAAGUUACACUGGAUGGCAGUGACUGCAGCUGUUCUUUUUGAGAUGGUUCAGGGUUGGCAUCGGAAAGCCACAUCCUGUGGUUUCUUGCUGGUUCCAGUCUUGGAAGGCCCGUUUGCUUUGCCCAGUUACUUAUACGGAGACCCACUUCGAGCUCAGUUGUUCAUCCCUCUCAACGUUAGCUGCUUGCUGAAGGAGGGUAGUGAGCAUUUGUUUGAUGGCUUUGAACCAGAAACUUACUGGGACCGUAUGCAUCUCCUCCAGGAAGCAAUAGCGUACAGAUUCGGAUUUGUGCAAGAUAAAUACUCGGCCUCUGCAUUCAACUUCCCAGCUGAGAACAAGCCCCAGUAUAUCCAUGUCACAGGGACAGUGUUUUUGCAGCUACCGUAUUCCAAGAGGAAAUUUUCUUGCGGGCAGCAGCGGCGCCGGCGCAACUCCACUAGCUCCACCAACCAGAACAUGUUUUGUGAAGAGCGCAUUGGCUACAACUGGGCCUACAACACCAUGCUGACGAAAACGUGGCGAUCCAGUGCCACUGGGGAUGAGAAGUUUGCUGAUCGGUUGCUGAAAGACUUCACUGACUUUUGCUGGAACAAAGAUAGCCGGCUUGUUUUGUUCUGGACCGACUGUCUAGAUAAGAUGCACGCUAGUGCUCCGUGAAACAGGGCGGUAUCUCUGCGGGAGACAGCUAGAAUCUUUACCUUGGGGCAAGGAAAUAGAGGUGAAGGAUGACAGGAUAAAAGUCUGUUGGAUUCAUCUUGAGGCUCCAAGAGGACCUGAUCAAUAUUGCUGUUGAUAUUCAACAGAAUUUGAUUAAGCCUUUGGAAAAAGAAUCUGAGCUCUUGGCUUGCCAAUAUCUAUCACCUGACCUCAGCUUGGUCUCAAGUAGUUGCAGUCUUUGAUUGCCAAGACUUCAGUUAGAGCGGAGGUGAAGGAGGGAACAUGCAAAUGGUUUUCAAGGGCAGUUAGAUUGAGCACAGAGUGUGAUGGUAGCAGCGUAUCAUCGCUGGAAAUGAUUGGUGCCGUUUGCAUCUGAUGUGCCUGAGGGCAAGCUGCCUCUUUCCCUUUUGAGGUGUACCUGGUCGUGUGAAUAUGUAAGAUAAAAUAUGAGAAACUUGUUAAAUUUCACACAUGUAAAUAAGUAAAAAUGCAGAAAAUCAA